CGAGUCGCUGCCUGGGCCGGAGCGGAGAUGCAGCCGCCGCCCCGAAAAGUGAAGCCCGCCCAGGAGGUGAAGCUUCGCUUCCUGGAGCAGCUGAGCAUCCUGCAGACCCGGCAGCAGAGGGAGGCGGAUCUGCUGGAGGACAUCAGAUCCUACAGCAAGCAGAGGGCAGCCAUUGAACGGGAGUAUGGGCAGGGUUGCUGUAAGGAUGGAGUAAGUUAAUGCGUGAAAAGCCCUUAGCACAGUGAGUGGCAUUGUGUUCUGAUCCUGUAUUCUCCCUGUUGGGGAGAGUCUUUGAAAGGGAACUGGGUCUGUCCUGACUUGCCCACCAGGCACUCCAGAAACUGGCUGGGCCAUACCUCAAGAGGGAAGGACACCGGAGUGGGGAGAUGGACAGCAGGAUGGUGUUUGGUGCCUGGCGCUGCCUGCUGGAUGCCACCAUGGCUGGGGGCCAAGCCCGGCUCCAGGCGUCUGACCGAUACCGGGACCUGGCCGGGGGCACAGGGCGGAGUGCCAAGGAGCAGGUGCUUAGGAAGGGAGCCGAGAACCUCCAGAGGGCACAGGCCGAGGUGCUAGAGUCUGUGCGGGAGCUGAGCCGAAGUCGGAAGCUGUACGGGCAGCGGGAACGUGUGUGGGCCUUGGCACAGGAGAAGGCGGCUGAUGUCCAGGCCAGGCUGAACCGAAGUGACCACGGCCUCUUUCACACUCGGACCAGUCUCCUGAAACUCAGCACCAAGCUGUCAGCCCAGUCGGCCCAGUACUCCCAGCAGCUGAGAGCGGCCCGCAAUGAGUACCUGCUCAACUUGGUGGCCACCAAUGCCCAUCUUGACCACUACUACCAGGAGGAACUGCCGGCCCUGCUCAAGGCCCUGGUCAGCGAGCUGUUGGAACACUUGAGGGACCCCCUGACCUCCCUGAGCCGCACUGAGCUGGAAGCUGCUGAGAUGGCCCUGGAGCAUGCCCGCCGUGGGGGCCAGGCGACCUCCCAGGUGAGCUGGGAGCAGGACCUGGAGCUCUUUCUUCAGGAGCCUGGAGUAUUUUCCCCCAGCCCACCUCAGCAGUUCCAGCCAGCAGGCAGUGAUCAGGUGUGUGUCCUGGAGCUGGAAGGGGGCGCAGGAGGCGAGGCUGGGGAGAGCGGCCUGGAGAAAGAGGUUCAGCGCUGGACCAGCCGAGCUGCCCGAGACUACAAGAUCCAGAACCACGGGCGUCGGGUGCUGCAGCGGCUGGAGCAGAGGCGGCAGCAGGCUCCUGAGCGGGAGGCCCCAGGCAUCGAACAGCGGCUGCAGGAAGUACGGGAGAGCAUCCGCCGGGCACAGGUGAGCCAGGUGAAGGGCGCUGCCCGCCUGGCCCUGCUGCAGGGCGCUGGCCUGGAUGUGCAGCACUGGCUGAAGCCAGCCAUGACCCGGGCCCAGGAUGAGGUGGAGCAGGAGCGACGGCUCAGCGAGGCCCGGCUGUCCCAGAGGGACCUCUCUCCCACGACAGAGGAUGCGGAGCUCUCUGACUUUGAGGAGUGUGAGGAGACUGGGGAGCUCUUCGCGGAGCCUGCCCCCCCAGCCCUGGCCACCAGGCCCCUCCCCUGCCCUGCACAUGUGGUGUUCGGCUAUCAGGCAGGACGUGAGGAUGAGCUGACCAUCACGGAGGGCGAGUGGCUGGAGGUCGUAGAGGAGGGAGAUGCCGACGAGUGGGUCAAGGCUCGGAACCAGCACGGUGAGGUGGGCUUUGUCCCGGAGCGGUACCUCAACUUCCCGGACCUCUCCUUCCCUGAGAGCGGCCGCGACAGCGACGAUCCCCUGGGGGCAGAGCCCACAGCGUUCCUGGCUCGUGCCUUGUACAGCUACACGGGACAGAGCGCAGAGGAGCUGAGCUUCCCCGAGGGGGCUCUCAUCCGCCUGCUGCCCCGCGCCCAGGAUGGAGUGGAUGACGGCUUCUGGAGGGGAGAAUUUGGGGGCCAUGUGGGGGUCUUCCCCUCUCUGCUGGUGGAGGAGCUGCUUGGCCCCCCAGGGCCAUCCGAACUCUCGGACCCUGAACAGGUGCCGCCGUCCCCUUCCCCGCCCAGCUUCUCCCCUCCUGCACCCACCUCUGCCGUGGAUGGGUCCCCUGCACCUGUCUUGCCGGGGGACCAAGACCUGGACUGCCCUGCACCCCAGGACAUGGUAGCACCUCGACUCAGGCCGAUGCGUCCACCGCCUCCCCCGCCAGCUAAAGCCCCGGAUCCUGGCCACCCGGGUUCCCUCACCUGAAGCCAGGGGGAAUCACUGUCCCUACAGUGACGCUGGUGGCCCUAUCUCCGUGCCAUCAGAGACACCCUCCCCGCCGCCACCAAUGAUCCAGAGCGCCACAGUGGAAAGCCAGACUCUCCCCCAUUUCCAUUCUCACCUUCAGGGGUCGACGCGUCCCCUUCCUCCGUUUCUGAGGCUGGGACCCACUCCUUCCCCCCAUCACCUUCCUGCCAUCUCUAGGGCUGGACCUACCCUUUCUCUUCUGCCACCGCCCCAUGCCUAGGGUGAAAUACCCUGGAAUCUCUGGGGCUGGAGCUCAUCCCCCAAAGUCUGGAGUAGCUCUGGCUCAUUCAUGUCUCCGCCCUGGUUCUGGGAGCCACCCCACUCCAGAUGCCUGAGCCGCUGGGUUGGGGGCUGGGAUGGGGGCAGGCCUGUCACAAGGAGCUGGAGCCAGUAUGCACAGCAGCUGUAAUAGUCUGAGCGGAUUUAUUGACAGUGAAUAAAGGGCAGGAAGCCCAAGCCAGGCCUGGGCCUCUUGUGCCAAGACAGCUGGGGACCUAAGGUGCUAUUGCUUUAAGGGCCCACCAAAGGCAGGGGCCUGCUCCCAGCCGCCACGCUCUAGCAUAUGGACUGAGGCGGUGGGGAAGGCGGGUCAGGCGACCUGUUGGCAGGCGGGGAAGGGGCGGGGGACUGAGGGCCAGGGCGGGGUCCUUCUCCCAAGCCCCCCAACCUGAGACCGUGCAACUCCAGGUGGAAGGAGGGCUGGUCCCUCAGCUGGAGGGCAGUGCUGUCCAGUGGAGAUGAAGGGCUUCAGGCCCCCCUCCCCUGGGCCCUGCCAGCUGGUAGUCAGUCCAUCAGCGCAGAGAAGGAGGCGGCUUGGAGGAGAGGAGGGGUAAUGGAGUUGCCUCCUAUUCAAGCUGGGUCCCCCCUUUUCCCCAGGGGCUCCAGGGCCUUCCCUACCCCCGGAGCCCAUGCCCACUCCCGACCACCAAGCCAAGGAGUAUGUACCAAAGGCUCAGCCUGGAGUUUCCCCUGGGGGUACAGGGAGCCAAUGAGCUUAUUAGGCAGUUUAAAGUGGGAGGUACAGGAUGAAAUUAUCUGAAAUAGGGCCCAGGCAGACUCACCUCACACACCCCCUGCUCCCCGUGGUGGGGACACCUGAGAGAGAGGAGGGGUCAACAGCAGGAGAACAGGAGGUGGGUCAUAUCCGUGCGCCCCCCCCCCCCCCACUCCCCGAAGAGGGGUGAGAAGAGCUGAGCCCACCACAACCCACCACGGUCCUGGCCACAUCUUCAUACCUGGUGACUGGAGGUGUCCGGUUUGCUUGGCCGUCCAUGUGCCUCUUGCUUGGCUGGCCCUGGGCUUGGGCCCCUCCCUGCAGCCCCUGGUACUGGCUCUGCAGAGGCUCCAGGAUUCCCCUCAAGCGCCCGAGGGACUAGAUUGCUGUCCCUGAGUCCUCCAUUCUGCACCGGGGGGCUGGCCAGGACCUGGCGCUGUGGCCUCUCAGGGGGCGGGGGCAGGCUCUCAACAGCGGGCAUCCCUGCCCUGGGCUGCCCUCCCCCAAGGCCCUGACCGCCCCCUGGGUCCUGCCCCCCGCUAGAGCCCCAGCUCCUGUCCGUGGGGGAGCCAUCACGAUGCUCGUGCAGCCCAUAGCGCUUCUCAAUGUGUGUCACCCGGAACCUGGGAGGGGAGGGAACACUGGGGCUUAGGACCAGCACCCAGAGGCUGCUUGGCCCUCCUUCUGAUCCGGGACCCUGUGGGCCGGAUGCCCCUUCCCUCUAGCCUAGGGCAGGGAGACUCCUCGGGUUGUGAGGAGCAUGCAUAGCCUGACUCCUGCUGUAGCUCACAGGCCGGGAAGAGCCAGAGCCCAGCUCUGGAGUCAGGUGCCUGACCAUGGGGUCCCCACCUCGACCUCCCUUUCCCGAGGGCGUUCUAUCCCCACCUGCCCACAGAGAACACCGUGGUCUCCCCAGGCCGGGGGCGACUCUUCCCUUCCUUGGAGCGUCCCUGACGGACAAGCGGGGGUCUCUUGUUGCGGCUGCAGUGGAUGCAGGGGGCCGAGGAGCCCAGGUGCACUGUGUGAUGAUGGGAGGGGGCUCCGUCCUGCAGGCUGGAGGUGGCAUCCACGCUGGACAGUAGGGAGGAAGGGAGCAGGGGUGACAUUCCCACCUUUCUUCCUGUUCCAUUUGCUCCUGUUCUUUCAGCAGGUGCUCCUUAAGCCCCCACGUGGCCAACGUCCCUCAAGCCCCAACAUUCUUUUCUUGUCUUUAUCUAAUAAACUCAAUAUGAAGAUGUUAGA